AUUUUAUUGUAGUUGAGGAAGAGAGUUGUCAAUUCCUUCAUCUGACGUGAGAACAAUCGGUCUGACAAUGAGAUAUAUCGAGAUGCUCAUCAUGAUGUUUAUGGCACACAUUACAGUGAUUCAGCUCGUUGAUUCAAGUAUCUAUAAUAUUGAAAAUAAUGGCAACAGAGGUCACUUUUUUGAUGGUGUUCAUAAUUACAGAAACAUUGACGACAAGAUUGGCGAUCAUCUUGCUCAAGAUACAAAUGAGGAUAAUGAGUACAAUUACGUAUAUUUUGACGCUAUCGAAAAACCUGAGGUAAAUGAAGACAAGCUUAACAAUCCCGAUGAUGCUGAAGGCCAGAUUAACGAUUUACAAGUUCAAAAUACACAUGAGGACUACGUGUUUAACUACGUAUACGAUGACGCUAUCGAAAAACCUGAGAAAACUGAACGAGAGAUUAAUGAUUUACAAGUUCAAAAUACACAUGAGGACUACGAGUUUAACUACGUAUACGAUGACGCUAUCGAAAAACCUGAGGUAAAUGAAGACAAGCUUAACAAUCCCGAUGAUGCUGGGAAGAAGAAAGGUAACAAUGUUAACAAAAUCCAUGAAAUCAUUAAAGGAGAUGGAGAAAUUCAGAAUUAAGAUGAAUGUAGAAAACGACGUAAAAUGCACUUCAGUCAGUGGUGCACUGCAAAAAAAUGGUUCCUCCAAUUAUUUUAUCGAUUUUUUUCAAAUAAUAAAUAAAUAAAAACAUUUGUUACAAAAUAUAAAUAUUAUUUUCUC